AUGGGUCAAGCAGAAUCAACAGUCUUCAACUCGCUCGAGAAGAGCUCGAACUUCUCGGCGCCCGAACUUCUGCGGCUCAAGAAGCGAUUUAUGAAGCUCGAUAAGGACGGGUCGGGGACGAUAGACAGGGACGAGUUUUUACAGAUCCCGCAGAUCGCCAAUAAUCCUUUGGCACAUCGUAUGAUUGCGAUCUUUGAUGAAGAUGGGAGCGGAACGGUCGACUUUCAAGAGUUCGUCGGUGGUCUUAGCGCUUUCAGCAGUAAAGGCGGGCGGGAAGAGAAGCUGCGGUUCGCGUUCAAAGUAUACGAUAUGGACCGGGAUGGGUUCAUCUCGAACGGAGAGCUGUAUCUGGUACUGAAGCAGAUGGUGGGGAACAAUCUGAAAGACCAACAAUUACAGCAGAUUGUCGAUAAGACUAUUAUGGAGGCGGACAAGGACGGGGAUGGCAAGCUCAGCUUUGAUGAAUUCUCAGCGAUGGUCGCCAGUACAGAUAUCGUCAAGCAAAUGACCCUUGAAGAUCUCUUCUAA